CAUCAUCAGCGGUGAUGGAAGUGGCGCGGACGUCGCGCAAGCGUCAGAUAAAGCCGCCUCAGCGCCUUCUGCUGCAGAUAACGAAGCAGCAGGAUCAAAAGCGACGGCAGCAGCAGCAGGCAGUGACUGCGGCUCAGUACAACAAGAAUCUCCACCUGAAAUGGACGGUAAACGCAACAACGCUACAAUCACCGAGAAGAACAUGGAAUCGGCGGCCGCUACCAAGAUUCAAGCCAGCUUCCGCGGCUACCAAGUUAGAAAACAACUCAAAACUAAGAGUGACAUCAAAAAUUCUAAACGGUCACCGAGAAGGAAAAGUUCCGGCAAACUGAUCGAAUCCGGAAAAAUGAUGAAGAGAGACACAUCCGAACUAGAAGAGCGAUCCGCAACCAAAAUUCAAGCCGGCAUCCGCGGUUUCCUCGUACGCAGAAGACACCAGAAGAACAGCAAGAAGCACGAUUAAUAAUUAACACGGCGUUUCUUCUCGCACAUUUAUAUAUAUUAUUUUAUUUUAAUCACCAAUACAAAUUCCUCUAUGACUACAUACGUUUUAGCCUAAGUCUAGUGUAGUUGAUAUGCAUCUAGUUUCUACAUAAUAUUAUACCAAGUAUUUGCAUUAUAUAAAUAUAUACGUGUAAUUCUCGUCUAAUCGAAACUAAUCAUUACUAUUUUUUUUAGAGUAAUUUUGUUCAUUAUAUACGUAUUUCCAUAGUUGUUAGUGUAUUUAUUUAUAAAUGAAUUUUAUUAUGAAUAUUUGUUAGUUGUUUUUUUCGUUUCUCUUUUCUUACUACUUUAUUAUUUGCAUUUCGCUUUAGCAAAGUGUAUUAAUUAGUACAAUAAAAUACUUGAAAACCUA